GGUAACUCGCGGCGUAUCGCGUCGAAAAAGCACGUGUGGUCAAAGGCGGCUUGGCGGCGACAGUCGAUUGUUUCGCGGCGCGCUAGACGUAACAUUCGCUGAAGCUCGCGCGCCGCCCGCGGAUUUUUUGUUUCAUAAUUUUGUGUUCCGUGAUUUUUUCCGUGAAUUCGAACUCGUGUAGUCGAAGUCGGUUUGGCGUAAGUCGUGCUUCCUUCCAUACGCUGGAUAUCUAUAGGAUUCUAAGUUAAAGACAAAGUUCGCUCUUCCGUUACUUCAUUUUGUGUUUUGGAUACCAGAGGGAUGUCAAGCAAGAUGUGAUGCGACUCGGUUCAAGUGCAGAUUGCGGCUUUACGAUCCAUCGGCAAACAAUUAUAUACGAGUAUGUCUGUGACGCGUUUUCUAAGGAAAAUACGCGAUAUUAAUGGGACUUGUCUAACGACAUAGUCACACAAAAUUAAACGAGUUUCGUACCCAGGUACGAUAAUAACAAAAAUAAACUAAGUGCUUUGUGGUGGACCUUGAAAGUGGAUUUGGGAACUUUCCUAGUGAUUUUGUGAUUGUUUUGUGCAACCAUCAUGGCUUACGUAUUCUGGAAAAUGGUGAUGAAGAAAUACCCCAAAGUCAGAGUUGGAUUAAAUGCAAUUGGGAAACUCCAGCAGUGCAUUCAAGAGGCACAAAUCGAUGGCCGAUAUGAUCAGUGGAGUUGCGUUAUGGCCAGAUAUUGCGUGUGUCGCUAUCGACCGAAAAAAAAAGAAAAUAACAUGGGUGGAGUUAAAAACGACCUACCGCUAGGGGUACAUAAAGAGCGAUUCGCGAUCGUGCACGUCAGUUAUAGUCGAAAUCUGCUCAAUAUACGUCAUUGGAGAGACGCUACUAUUACAGAAACCUUUCAAAGAAAACUAUCUAUGGGUUAUAUGUAG